GGGCUCGGCUGCACAGGCUCACGACCUGACGAUCCAAAGCGUGGUCGAACCAGAAGUGUGUCAUGGCAGCGCCCUUGACCUUGGCCAAGGAGAAGAAACCUGCGGCAUAUGGCAACAUCAUGCGCAGGAUGACGAGCCGUGUGAACCAGUUGCAUGAUGAGCUGGCGCUGGAGAGUGUGACCAACAUCGAGUUUGAGCAGUCCUCGCGCCGUUCCUUCGAAUUUCUUCAGAGCCAAGUUCGAACUCUGAAAGAGGCCUUCAACACCUUGACAGACACCAUUUUGGAAGAGAUCGAUUUCCUCAGUGGUACCGUUCGGGGUGAACUCUGGAGGCUAGACGAGCGGCAGACGGGAUUUGAGAAAGCGCUGGUGCGUGACUGCCAUGAUCAGCAGCUGCGGCAACAGCAACAAGUGCAGCAAGUUCAUCAGCAAUCACAGCAAUUACAGCAACAUUCUCAGCAGCUUCAACAGCACUCCCAGCAGAUCUCACAGCAUGCGCAGCAACUGAGCCAACAGACCCAGCAGUACCAGCAGCAGUCCCAAAAGUUGCAGCAACAAUCUGCGCAGUUGCACCAAAUGUCCUCGCAGAUCCAACAGCAGCUGCAGCAGAGUCAGCAGGCAACACAGCAAAUGACCCAACAAUCACAACAGUUGCAGAGCCAACUUCCACAACAGUUGACCCAACAGCUGCAGCAGCAGCUGCAGCAGCACUUCACCCUGCAAAUCCAACAGGAGCUUGCCAAACACUCACAAACCAUGAAGGAAGCGAUCAAAGAGGAGGUUGCAACCUUGGCAACUCGAGUCCAGGACUUACAACAGCAGCAGGAGAAAGGCGGUCAGUCGAAUCAGCAGAUUCAACAGCUGCAGAUGGACUUUCAGCGACACCAGACGAGCUUUGCGGACCUGGAGAAGCGAGCGGAACUCAUGGCGCAAGACCUUGACACAGUGCUGCAAGUGGUGCCCAAGGUUGAGGAUACCAUGUUGAAGACGACAGGCCAUUUGCAGGAGCGCAUUUCCAGUGCUGCAAUGGAUGUCUCUAAGCUCAAUGAUGCUGUGGCUGUCGACCGCAUGAAGGUCUCAGGCACCACGGAACGCCUCGAAGGCCGGAUGAAGUCCCUGGAGUCCGACCUGCGGGAGGAGCUUGAGCAGAAGCACUUGAAGCUGCAACGAAGCAUCACAAGGCAACUGGAGAGCAUGAGUAGAGCCUUGAUCGAAUCUGAGCGAGGAAUGCCAGGGAUGACCAUGCAACCUGAUGUGGGCCUCAUGGGUUCCGGGCAACUCGGGCAACGGCAGGUGGACUUUGAGAUGCCGGGCACAGGUGGUCUCGGAGGUCUCGAUCCCAUGCAGCAAAGCAUGCAAUCCGGGUUUGGGACCUCCCGUGUUCAGUAACAUGAUCAUCCGUGAUCCAAACUUAAUGAGUGGCCAAUGAAUCAACAGCCCAACAUGGCCAGUGCAGCUGAGUUGGGAGUGCCACGGGCC